AUGACCCGCUUCUCGGCAAACGAGAAAGAACAGAUGAAGGCUGAGAACCGGACAGCGUAUGUGGCACUACCGAAGAAUAUGAAGGCCAAACGCGCGGCGAAGAACGAUGAGCUGAACAAGUACGUCGCGCGUACUUGUAAGAAACUUGGGCUGGAAGCAGUACUCCAAUCUGGAGACUCGUAUUUCGCGGUGGUUUUUGAAACACCGGAGAACAGAGAUUUGGCUUUAGAGACACUGCGGGCUAAGAAUUUUCGCCUAGAUUCGGAGGUAGUGCCCAUACAGAUAAUGCCGUUCGGUGUCCCAGACGAGGCCGCGAAUACGGUUUAG